AUGCCUCGCGGAGCUAAGAUUCCCCGACAAGGAGCAGUCCAGUCAGUGGCAGAUGACGAGAUAGCUCUAAUGGCAAAACCAUACCAGCCAUCGCUACUCGAGUCCUUGCCAGCCGAGAUCCGGCAACGCAUAUAUUUCCAUCUCGGCGUUAUCAUCAACCGUAAGGCUUGGUAUACCUGCACAGACCCUCAUUGUAACUACCCGUCACACUACAGGACACCAAUAGCUAGCGAUGAUUGUGGAGGUCGAGGAUGGGACCAUCCCAAUCACUACCAGACCUCUUUUCUAGGGUGCCAGGUCAAGAAAUACAAUUUCAACUAUUACAGUCUCCGUAGACCCGAAGUCGACGCCAUCUGCGACACAAACAAGCAACCACGACCUUCCGGGAACCUAGACCGGCACGCAGUGUACCUGGGCCUUCUGCGCGCCAGCAAGUUCUUCUACGCGGAUAUCCAGACUUUGGCGUACACCAAUAUCCCAGUCGAGUUCGGGUUCCAGCUGUCCAACCGGGCGAUUCAUCUUAACAACUGGGAGAGUCUAUUGACUAAGGACAGCUUCUCCUGGAUUCCGCAACCCAAAUGGGAGCACGUGGGCCUCUCCCCGUUCUCGUUCCGCUUCAUGACGUCCAUCGUCCUCGAUUCCCAGCUCGGCCACACAUAUGAAGCCGAGAUGCCCCAUAGCCGGCCGACGUCUGACCGCAAGACCGGCGCCUUGCUGACGAAGCAGGCCAUGUCAGUCCGAUAUAUAGCUCGCCAUUGCCCUGCCUUGAGGAAACUCGAAGUACGACCAUUUGUAGAGUUCUUCGUGCGAGGGAAGCUCAGCAAUAUCGACACCAUGGCGUUCGCAAUGCAAGAGCUGGUCCACGGAUGUGCCCAAUUAGAGGAGAUCGUCAUCGCGUACAUCGAGACUCGGAGGGUGAGUCUAGGUGACUAUCCCGAGCUGGGAGAAGACGAGAAGUACUCGGAUAGCUUCUUCACCAACCUGCUCUUCGAGGAAGAUGCGUGGUUCAGCGCGUCCAACGUCAACGAUUGCCUAAAUCUGCGCAAUAUACCGAAGCAUCUGCGCGAAGGCCAAGCACAAGACUGGGCGAAGGGUACUCUCGCCAAGAUUCGCAAGCACAACCGUCGGAUUCCGGACGUUGCCCCGUUGGGUCCCUACGGGUCUGGUCUUUGGGCCGAGACGUACUCUACCGCUGGCACGGGCUUCUUUUGGAGCGGUUGGGUGGGUUGGAUCCUGAGUAACGACGCGGGAACUCGGUAUAAGCCUCGAGCUUGCCUCUAGCGCCAGCUUCACUGCGAUUUCUUGAGCAUAGCACCAUGGAUAUUGAGGCCGGAGCAUUAAGAAAAUCAUGUAGUACAUUCCCUUGUCGUCAGUCUGUGUAUUGUUCUAUCACUGCUGAUGGCGCAUAUAAGGCAUUCCAGAAAUUGGUACAUGCUAUCCUGGGCCAUGACCGUCUGAAGUGGCUCAUGUUGUUCAACACAGUUGAUUUCCCAUCUCUUCCUGGCCCUGGAAAGCGUGUUAGGAUACCACAGAUCUCUGGCCAGACCAUGUAUCUAUCUCCUUAUUUAGAGGUUGAAAGGGGAGCACGUAUUAUAGAAAUGGAGAGCAAAUAUCAAGGUG